GCCGAAAUAGAGAUCGGGGUGAACGUGGGGGGCGUGCGGCAGGUGCUCUACGGAGACCUCCUCAGCCAGUACCCCGAGACCCGGCUGGCCGAGCUCAUCAAUUGCUUGGCCGGGGGCUACGACACCAUCUUCUCCCUGUGUGACGACUACGACCCCGGCAAGCGCGAGUUCUACUUCGACAGGGACCCGGACGCGUUCAAGUGUGUCAUCGAGGUGUACUACUUCGGGGAGGUCCACAUGAAGAAGGGCAUCUGCCCCAUCUGCUUCAAGAACGAGAUGGACUUCUGGAAGGUGGACCUCAAGUUCCUGGACGACUGCUGCAAGAGCCACCUGAGCGAGAAGCGCGAGGAGCUGGAGGAGAUCGCGCGCCGCGUGCAGCUCAUCCUGGACGACCUGGGCGUGGACGCGGCCGAGGGCCGCUGGCGCCGCUGCCAGAAGUGCGUGUGGAAGUUCCUGGAGAAGCCCGAGUCGUCGUGCCCGGCGCGGGUGGUGGCCGUGCUGUCCUUCCUGCUCAUCCUGGUCUCGUCGGUUGUCAUGUGCGUGGGCACCAUCCCUGAGCUGCAGGUGCUGGACGCCGAGGGCAACCGCGUGGAGCACCCGACGCUGGAGAACGUGGAGACGGCGUGCAUCGGCUGGUUCACGCUCGAGUACCUGCUGCGCCUCUUCGCGUCGCCCAACAAGCUGCACUUCGCCCUGUCCUUCAUGAACAUCGUGGACGUGCUGGCCAUCCUCCCCUUCUACGUGAGCCUCACGCUCACACACCUGGGCGCGCGCAUGAUGGAGCUGACCAACGUGCAGCAGGCCGUGCAGGCCCUGCGGAUCAUGCGCAUCGCGCGCAUCUUCAAGCUGGCGCGCCACUCCUCGGGCUUGCAGACUCUCACCUACGCGCUCAAGCGCAGCUUCAAGGAGCUGGGGCUGCUGCUCAUGUACCUGGCGGUCGGCAUCUUCGUCUUCUCUGCCCUGGGCUACACCAUGGAGCAGAGCCACCCGGAGACCCUCUUUAAGAGCAUCCCCCAGUCUUUCUGGUGGGCCAUCAUCACCAUGACCACCGUGGGCUACGGGGACAUCUACCCCAAGACCACGCUGGGCAAGCUCAACGCGGCCAUCAGCUUCCUGUGUGGAGUGAUCGCCAUUGCCCUGCCCAUCCACCCCAUCAUCAACAACUUCGUCAGGUACUACAACAAGCAGCGCGUCCUGGAGACUGCCGCCAAGCACGAGCUGGAGCUGAUGGAGCUCAACUCCAGCGGCGUGGGCGAGGGCAAGGCCGGAGGCUCCCGCGCAGACCUGGACACCGUGCCUCCGGACCCUGCGGGGAUGGAGGGGCCGAGCUGGAGCAGCCGGCUGAAGCUCUCCCACAGCGACACCUUCAUCCCCCUCCUGACCGAGGAGAAGCACCACAGGACCCGGCUCCAGAGCUGCAAGUGAGAGGCGAGCUCCUGGGCAGAGAGGGACAGGCUGGCGGCAGGGUGACAGGUGUGGCAGGCAUGUCAGCAGCUGCCCAGCGUGCCCCCAGCCCUCUCCUGAACAGAUCCCGAGGGCACCUGUUCUCCUCAGAGGAUGCUGGGUAAGACUUCUUUGAGUGACUGCAGGUUGGGAGUUGGGAAGGGUGGGAUGUGCAGGAGCCAUAGGGCAUUGUAGGGCCAGCAGAGGCCGGGGGCCAGCGGAGGCGGAGGCCAGCAGAGGCCGGCUGUGGCGGGAGCUCAUGCCUGGGUCUGUAUCUCCUUCAAUAAAGCCUCCUGCUCUGC